CCAUUCAUCCCCAUGGAUUUCUCAGUAUUUAGAAGUGGUAUUUGGGGUUUGUCAGCAUUAUUGGUAUGCUCCCUACAGCAAUUUCUCCUCUACGCCAAUGCUUCCCACACCGUUUUCGCGCAUUUACAAUCUGCAUCUGCAUCUGCCCCUGCCAAUGUAACAAACCAACACCGGACCGGCUUCCAUUUUCAGCCCCAUAAACAUUGGAUCAAUGAUCCCAACGGGCCAAUGUAUUACAAGGGAGUGUACCAUCUCUUCUACCAGUACAACCCUAACGCCGCCGUCUGGGGCACCAACAUCGUCUGGGCCCACUCCGUCUCCGCCGACCUCAUCCACUGGCGUCACCUCCCCCUUCCCGCCAUCUACCCCUCCAAGCCCUUCGACCUCUUCGGCACCUGGUCCGGCUCCGCCACCAUCCUUCCAGGAAACCGCCCCGUCAUUCUCUACACCGGAGUCGUCGAUGCGACCGGCACUCAGGUUCAAAACUACGCCGUUCCGGCGAACCUCUCCGACCCCGAUCUCCGGGACUGGAUCAAGCCAGACGACAAUCCCUUGAUCGCCGGCGACGAGUCCGUCGACCGGACGGCCUUCCGUGACCCGACCACAGCGUGGCGCGUGAACGGGGGCCAGUGGAGGAUCGCCGUCGGGGGCCGGUGGGGCCAGCAGGGGAUUGCAUUCCUGUACAAGAGCCGGGACUUCCGGCGGUGGGUGAAGGUCGGGCACCACCUCCACGAAGUCGAGGGGACAGGCAAUUGGGAGUGCCCGGACUUCUUCCCGGUGGCGGAGGAUAACGAGAAGGGACUAGAUGUUUCGGCGGCAGGGCCACGUGUGAAGCACGUGCUGAAAAUGAGCUUGGAUGAGAAGAGAUAUGAUUAUUACAUGAUGGGGAGGUACGACAGUGCGCGAGAUCGGUACGUGCCGGAUUCGGACAUGGCUAGGCCUGAGCUGAGGCUGAGAUAUGACUACGGCAACUUUUAUGCGUCCAAGUCAUUCUUUGAUCCUGAGAAGAAUCGAAGGGUGUUGUGGGGUUGGGCCAAUGAGUCCGACGCUACCUCCGAUGAUAUCUCCAAAGGUUGGGCUGGUAUUCAGGCGAUCCCACGGACAAUAGUUAUGGAUCCAAAUGGUAAGCAACUGUUGUUGUGGCCUGUGGAGGAAGUGGAAACCCUAAGAGGGAAAGAGGUCACAGUCAAAAAUCAUAAGCUUAACAAAGGAGACCAACUUGAAAUCAAAGGGAUAACAUCUGCACAGGCUGACAUGGAAGUUAUAUUCUCGUUCGACAGCUUGGAGAAGGCAGAGGUGUUUGAUCCGAUCUGGAUUCGAUAUGAUGCGCAGAAACUUUGUGGCGAAAAGGAUUCGACAGUGGAGGGCGGGUUAGGACCGUUCGGGCUCAUAACAUUGGCUUCAAAAAACCUCAAGGAAUAUACGCCCAUAUUUUUGAGAGUUUUUAGGGAUCCACAAAACAAUGAUAGUACUAACAAGUAUAGAGUGCUUAUGUGCUCUGAUGCAUCCAGAAGCAGCCUAAAGGAUGGGAAAGACCGGUCGAAUCUAAAAGAUGGUAAGGAUGCGUAUAGGCCUUCAUUUGGAGGAUUUGUUAACAUAGAGUUCAACAAGGAUACGGUCGAAAACCACAUUUCCUUAAGGACUUUGAUAGACAAUUCUGUGGUGGAGAGCUUUGCGGAAAGAGGAAAGACGUGCAUUACAUCUAGGGUUUAUCCGACUCUAGCGCAACAUGAAAACGCAAAAUUGCUUCUAUUCAACAAUGGCAGCGAGCCCAUUGAUAUCAAGAGUUUCAAAGCUUGGCCAAUGAGCAAUGCUCGACUGGGAGAUCGAUGAAUUAACUAACUAACAAAGAUAUUAUAUUCAAUUCUUUCGUGAU